CUACGAACACCCGGGCUGUCCGGAGCCGGACGGUGUGCCCGCGGACCCGAGGGGCGCGAAGCCGGCGGCACCGGUCUGCGGCGGCCCCACUGAGAGCGGCGGGCGCGGCGGGCGAUCGCAGGCGAGCGGGGUCCUGAGGAGUCCAGAUCUUCCAUAAAAUGGAUGUUUCUCACAUUGUUACUGAACAUUAAGUAGUUAAUCUAUUCAGUAAAGUUCAAGCUGCCAUGGAAGAAAUACCAGUAAAAGUUGCUGUAAGAAUUAGACCUCUACUUUGCAAAGAAGUUCUUCAUAAACAUCAAAUUUGUGUGAGGGAUGUUCCCAACACCCAACAGAUUAUCAUUGGCAGAGACAGAGUUUUUACUUUUGAUUUUGUUUUUGGCAAAAAUUCCACUCAGGAUGAAGUUUAUAAUACAUGCAUAAAGCCCCUAGUGCUGUCGCUCAUCGAGGGUUACAACGCAACGGUUUUUGCGUAUGGACAAACUGGAUCUGGGAAGACAUACACCAUCGGAGGAGGCCAUGUUGCAUCAGUUGUGGAGGGUCAAAAGGGCAUCAUCCCUCGAGCUAUCCAGGAGAUAUUUCAGAGCCUCUCUGAAAACCCUGGCGUGGACUUUAAAGUCAAAGUGUCAUACAUAGAGGUGUAUAAGGAAGACCUAAGAGAUCUCCUAGAGCUGGAGACAUCCAUGAAGGAGCUGCACAUCCGGGAAGAUGACAAGGGAAACACAGUGAUUGUUGGGGCCAAGGAGUGCCAAGUAGAGAGCAUGGAUGAAGUGAUGAGUCUCCUGGAGAUGGGAAAUGCUGCCAGGCACACGAGCACCACCCAGAUGAAUGAGCACUCCAGUAGAUCCCAUGCAAUCUUUACCAUAAGCAUUUGCCAAGUUGAGAAAACUCCAGAGACAGCUGAAGAUGGAGAAUGGUAUUCACAUCGGCAUAUUGUCUCCAAAUUCCAUUUUGUGGAUUUGGCUGGAUCAGAAAGAGUGACCAAGACGGGCAACACUGGUGAACGAUUCAAAGAGUCAAUUCAGAUCAACAGUGGACUGCUUGCUUUAGGGAACGUCAUCAGUGCCCUUGGGGACCCACGCAGGAAGAAUGCUCAUAUUCCUUAUAGGGAUGCUAAAAUUACCCGGCUUCUCAAAGACUCCCUGGGAGGCAGUGCCAAGACUGUCAUGAUCACGUGUGUCAGCCCAUCCUCCUCAGAUUUUGACGAGUCCUUAAAUUCUCUCAAAUAUGCCAACAGAGCUCGCAACAUUCGAAACAAACCUACCUUAAACUUUAGCCCCGAGUCAGACCGAAUGGAUGAGAUGGAAUUUGAGAUUAAGUUGCUUCGAGAAGCUUUGCAGAGCCAUCAGGCCAGUAUCAGCCAGACCAGCCAGACCCCGUCAGAGGGCAUUCCCGACCCAAACCGGCUUCACUCUCUAGAGGAGCAGGUAACCCAGCUCCAGGAGGAGUGUCUGGGCUACCAGGACUGUGUAGAGCAAGCAUUUGCAUUCCUGGUGGACUUAAAAGAUGCAGUCAGGCUAAACCAGAAGCAGCAGCACAAACUCCAGGAGUGGUUUAGCAGGACUCAGAAAGUCAGGAAGGCUGUCAUCACCCCAUUUCCAGGACACCAGGGCGUUGGGGACACGGAGGAAGGACCCCAGCAUGUGACAGUUCUCCAGCUGAAGAGAGAACUUAAGAAGUACCAGUGUGCCCUGGCUGCUGACCAAGUGCUGCUCACUCAGAAGGAGCUGGAGAUGGAGGAGCUAAGGAAUCAGGUGCAGCUGAUGGCGCAGGAGAACAAAGGGCACGCGGUGUCUUUGAAAGAAGCCCAGAAAGUGAAUAGAUUGCAGAAAGAAAAGAUAAUAGAACAGCAACUUCUUCUGGAUCAGCUGGGUGAAGAACUAGCAAAGUUUAACUUGUCAAUGACGUCUUCAGUUAAGGAAAAUUGUGGCGAUGGACCUGAUGCCAGGAUCUCUGACAAGAGACCUCACACCGUCCCCUUUGGUAAUUACUGGGGACACCGUGUUUACAGCCCUUCACGGCAGGACUCCAAGCAGGUCUAUUCCAAUCCUCCUAUAUGCUCUCUGGAUCAAGUGUUUGCCGGGUUCCGGACACGAAGCCAGAUGCUCGUGGGCCACUUAGAAGACCAAGACGAAGUCAUCCACUGCCAGUUUUCUGACAACAGUGAUGGAGAGGAGUCAGAGGGCCCCGAGAAGCCUAGAGUGAGAUCUAGAAGUCAUUCAUGGGUCAAAAAGCCAGGCUCUGCUUGCUCUCUUGUUGAGUUAAGUGAGAAUCGGGAUGAAACACAGAAGUCCUAUCUGGGAAAUGGAGAUUUUAAAGAUUUGAAGAUGGAAUGUCUACAGGACAGUCAAGAGUUAAAUAUGCAAAAAUUAAGGACUUCAGAACUCAUCCUUAAUAAAGCGAAACAAAAAAUGAGAGAACUUACAAUUAACAUCAGAAUGAAAGAAGAUCUGAUCAAAGAGUUAAUAAAAACAGGUAACAACGCCAAGUCUGUGAGCAGACAGUAUUCUUUGAAGGUAACAAAACUGGAACACGAAGCUGAGCAAGCGAGAGUGGAGCUCACUGAAACCCGAAAGCAGCUGCAGGAGCUGGAGAGCAAAGACCUUUCUGAUGCUGCUUUGAAGGUAAAACUGCAGAGAGAGUUCCGUAAGAAGAUGGACGCUGCCAAGCUGAGAGUUCAGGUCUUACAGAAGAAGCAGCAAGAUAGUAAGAAGCUAGCCUCACUGUCCAUCCAGAAUGAGAGGCGCGCCAGCGAGCUGGAGCAGAAUGUGGAUCACCUGAAAUACCAGAAAGUGCAGCUGCAGAGAAGGCUUCGUGAGGAGAGCGAGAAAAAGAAGCACCUGGAUGCAGAGAUUAAGAGAGACCAGCAAAAAAUCAAAGACCUGCAGUUAAAAACCGGGCAAGGAGAAGGUCUGACCCCAAAGGCUGAGGACCUCGAUGGACUUAACUCGAACAGAAGAAAAGGUCCUUUUAGAGGUGUGGACCAAGUCCAGAAAUUGGAUGAGCAAAAGAAAUGGUUAGAUGAAGAAGUAGAGAAAGUUUUGAACCAACGCCAAGAACUAGAGAUGCUGGAGGAAGACCUGAAAAAACGUGAAGCCAUUGUCUCUAAGAAGGAAGCCCUGCUCCAGGAGAAGAGCCAGCUGGAAAAUAAGAAGCUGCGAUCUAGUCAGGACUUAAGCAUAGAUUGUCUGAAAAUAUCGGAUCGCCUGAGCUCGUUGGAGCAAGAGUUGUCGGAGAAAAGUUUGCAACUUGAGAGCUGCACAGCCGAGGAGAAAAUAAAGAUCUCAGAGCAGGUUCAGGCGCUCCAGAAAGAAAAGGAUCAGCUCCAGCGACAAAGGGACAGUGUGGAUGAGAAGCUUCAGAGUGGCAGAGUGCUGUCCCCCAAAGAAGAACAUCUUCUUUUCCAACUUGAAGAAGGAAUAGAAGCUUUGGAAGCCGCAAUUGAAUUCAAGAACGAAAGCAUCCAGAGUCGCCAGAACUCGCUUCGAGCAUCAUUCCAGACGCUCUCUCAGAGCGAGGCAGAUGUCGUGGGGAAACUAGUUUGCCUGAACCUUACCGAGAUCAGAGCUAUUCUUUUCAAAUAUUUUAAAAAGGUGAUUAAUUUGCGAGAAGCUGACCGCAAACAGCAGCUGCAGCAUAAGGAGAUGAAGAUGAAGGUUCUGGAGCAGGACACUCUGAUCCACGAGCUAGAGUCUGCCCUGGAGCACCUGCAGCUGCAGUGUGACCGGAGACUGACCCUCCAGCAGAAGGAGCACGAGCAAAAGAUGCAGUUGUUGUUGAAUCACUUCAAAGAGCAAGAUGGAGAAGGCAUUAUAGAAACCUUUAGAAAAUAUGAAGAUAAAAUCCAGCAGCUGGAAAAAGAUCUUUACUUCUAUAAGAAAACCAGCAGAGAUCUUAAGAAGAAACUGAAGGAGACUACUGGAGGAGUGUCCCCGUGGCGGCUCUCACUAGCAGAGCAACGUGAUGCUGGAGAUGGAGUCCUGAGUCCAGAAGAGGCGUUUUCUGAAGAAUCAAAAUGGGCCUCUAGAACUGAAAAGACAAAAUCGAACGGAGGAGAAAGAAAAGGAGACAAUUCUUCAAGCGGCUUAGAAACGGAACCGGCGCCCCAGCGGAUUCCAGAGGGCAGCCCGGACUCACUUCCAGUCCACGGCUCAGUAGCACCCUCCAGUGGCCAAGUGCCGAGCAGUGCCGAUAAACCAGGGACCCCUCCCUUCACACAGCUGCAGAGUCCACCGCCGUCCCAGUUCCAGACACUGAGAAGUACCGGGCAGCUUCAGGGUGUCAAGCCUGUCAAGCUGUGCCGCAGAGAGUUACGUCUGAUUUCUGCCUCGGAGCUGUCAUUACGGCGCUCCAGUCUUGGAGCUGGGGUCUGGUCAGUGACAGCCGAUUCCCUCGAAGUACCCGAGGAAACCUAGUGCCUUUAAAGCCUAGGCCUGGACAAUAAAACUUUUAAUUUGGUAGUUAUGUGAGAGGUCCCUUCUUCUCACCUACAGGAUGAAAGCCCAGGGUCACAGCUUCUGCCCGGGACAAGGGGCGGGGCGGGGGGGGGGUUUCUUGGGUACUAGAGUGUAUUUUCCGGUUUACUGUUCUAUAAAUGAGUUUUUGAAUGCUUGGUACAUUGAACUGUUCUACUUAUGUAAGUGUACUGAAGUUCUCUUCCAGGCAUAUUCCUUUAUUUUUUUCAGUACAUUUGGAGAACAAAACCGAGACUAAAACAUGCUUCGGGUGUCUAUCAUUCUAUAUACUAUAAAGGCGUGUCUUAGAAGUGCAUUAUAACCCUCCAGUAGUGGAAUGUUUAAGGAUACAUAUGUUGCUGUUUUUCUAAACUCCAGAUAAACCCCAACUGUGCCAGAGUUCCCUACCUGCUGUGUUUGUUUGGUAAGAUGAAAAUGUUUGCCAGAAUUCAGCCUGGGACCCAAGGGUGCGUUACAGCUCUUAGGAUCCAUGUCCGCAGUUCCCGGGACAGUAACACGAACAUCCCACCGUCCUAAGGAAAGAAGUAUUGUUUGUUUUCCAGACCUUCAUGUGUAAGCCCAAGGUAGGGUGGUUUGUUUUU